AUGGAUAUAAGAAACUGGUGCAGUUCAAGCACCAAAAGAAGAUCAAUCAAUUUAGGAAGUUGCCACAAAGAGAGUGCUAAGUCUUCCUCAACUACAAUACAAGCACUUAAUAAUCCAUACAAGCAGAUAUGGAAAGUUCUUUGGAUGAAGUUCAAGAAGGAAAAGAAGAAGCUUUUUAAGUCUUUGGAAUCCACCUGUUCCGCCCCGCAACGGCGUCGUCUUGUUCCCUAUGAUCCCCACAGUUACUCUCAGAAUUUUGAUCUAAGCUUUGCAUGGGAUGAUGAUAUAAACUUUCAUGAUGAACGAGAUGAUGAUAGCUUGAUCUCUCGCUCCUUCUCUUUCCGGUUUGCAGAUCCUUCUAAACAUUUUCUUAUAGAAAAGCAUUAG